AUGGUGGCUGGUGAGAGAUACGAGCUAGUCUGGCUUGGGGCUGAAUAUGCCUUGUGGGCUUGGGGCACCUUGCGCGAGCAUUGGGAGCAAGAAAUUGGGGUUAACUCCGGGCUACCCCGUGUUCUCAUCCCGGGGGGAGCCUCCUGUUCUUUUCUCUGCGUAGAGGCGGAAGAACCUUUGGAGCCUGGGCCGUACAAGGACCCUCUGGUGAAGAAAUCAGAACGAAUUCCUGGAGCCCCUUGUAUGAGUGUGUUUCUGGAAGGUCCAUCAGAAAUGUCUAAAACGGAAAAGCCUUUUUAUGCUACAAUGAAGAUCACCUAUGAUGGUCCAACGAAUGAGGACAACGAGGCUAUCAAUGAUGACAUAAAGCCGAUAAUCAUACACGAUUACCCUUUUACUUAUGAACAUUUUCGACUGCAACGUCGCUGCCUCGAUUACGAUCCGUCGAAAGAUUCAAACGGGAAUUCUACACAGUGGAAGACUUAUAUUGACGACGAGUACAAUCCGGGUUGGCGGAUUGUAGAUGAGCCCGACGUUGAGGUCAACGUCACGGAUCCCGAGUUUUUCCGCAGCCUCAAACCAGGGGAAUCUUUUGUCAGAAAAUAUCGCCUUGAAAUUUUCGACUUGCAUCCCGAUACAGUGGUCGGCGACACAUAUCGAUACCAGUACUGUGGUGGCCGCGUUGACUGGUGGAUUUGGGGUGAUUGCGAAGAGCAUGCGAAGACGGUAGUGAAAUUACCAUGUUGGCUGCAUGGUCGUGUCGUCAACCCCGCUGAUAAUGAUGGAAGGCCAGUCAUAAUGGUCCCGUCAUCUAAUUUUGUCGAAUUUACUGUUGUUGAAUGA